AUGGAUACGACCACCAUCAUUGAUGAAGUAGUUAAGACUGCCAACAAGGGUCUCCUUUUCCAUUCUGUCUCGAUCGAAAAUUAUACUCUCGAGGAUUGUCAGAUUGCUUACCAUGCCACUACAAACUCACUUAUUCAGGUUUGUUAACC